AGAGCGGCCCCGGCGGCGGGCGGGCGGCCGCAGGAUGGUGCUGCGGCGGGUGCUGGCGGCGCUGCUGAACCACCCGCGGCUCAUCGAGCAGCUGUCCGAGUCGCGGCCCAUCCGCGCCGCCGCUCGCCUCACCGCCGCCGCCAUCACCCGCGCCCAGCUCGGCACCCGGCAGGCGGCGCGGGGCCUGGGCCCCCGCCUGCUCCGCCUGCGCGACGCCUUCCUGAGGGAGCUCAAGGACGGCGCUCGGGCGCGGGGGUCGCCCUGGCCGCCCGGGCGCGGGCCGGGCCGAGGCGGCCGCCCCGGAGCAGCGCCCUGACGGGAGGCGGCAGCGGGGCCGCAGCCGGCGCGGGGCGCCCACCACCGCGAAGGAGACCGCGACCGUUUCCCGGCGCCGAGGGCGAGAGGACGAGCGCGCUGGAGCCGGCGGGUGAAGGUGCCGCGGGGCCCGAGCGCCGAGGCCGCUGGCGGCAGUUGGACCCGGCCGGCCUUCCCGCAGCUGCCCAGCGUUACCCAGCCCCGAAACGGGACCCGCGACUGCCGCCGCUUUCCCGGAGCGUACAGCGAGGAGCGGUUCUCGAGCCCGCGCGUGAAAACGCGAAGCAUGCUGCUUGGUGGUAUGACAGACUUUCAUUUCAAAGCCAGUUUACACUUGGUGCAGUACUCGGCCGCAGACUCACGUUAUACAUCAUCCAGAAUAUUGUCAAGAUUGUCAGCUUGAGGGCUUGAUAAAUUUUGAAUAAAACCAGAUCUCUGACUGGAGUUCCUUUUAACAAUU